AUGUCCAGAGUCAAUAAUGUGGACUUACAACUGCUGGACUGUCUAGUACUGUCCAGAUUGUGCAAAUGGAGUGAACUCCAUACAGCUUGUCUCACAAACAACUGCGCCAAGGUCAGAUCCCUCCUCGAUGAAGGUGAGAACAUCCACGUCAGAAGCCAAUUAGGACUAACCCCACUCCACGCAGCUUGCAUUAGAGGCAACAAAGAUGUCAUAUUGAUACUUCUCGAAAGAGGCGCCGACCCCAAUGCCCUCGACGCAUACUGCAACACACCUUUGCAUGUGCUUUGCAUGAAGGACGACCCCUACCUCGUCAAAUUCUUAAUCCGGAAGGGCGCCAAAGUAAACGCCUUGACCUUGGACGGCCAAUCACCACUUUCUUACGCCUGUCGAAAGGGCAACUACCAAACCGUCCGGAUUCUCAUUCUGCAUGGGGCUUCUCUAAACAUCCGAAUUGAAAAUGGGCAGACACCUCUGCACAAAGCUUGCGCCGACUGCAAUGUGGAAGUAUUGAAGUUAAUGCUGAUGAUGCGGUCUUUGCUCAACAUAGAGGAUGAUUCCGGGAGGACUGCGCUCCACAUAGCGUGUGAGAAGGGGUUCGAGCAUAUUGUUACGCUGCUAAUACAAACUGGGGCUGUGGUUAAUGGCAGAGACUUGAACGGGGAGACGCCACUGCAUUUGGCGUGUCGGAAUAGACGAGUGGAUUGUGCUAGGAUCGUGGUAAAACGUGGAGGCGUCGAUCCCAAUAUUACUGAUAAUUCAGGAAAUACAGCCUUGCAUUUGGCUUGUCGACAUGGACUUGAUGCGAUUGUCAGACUUUUGCUGAAAACGGACGGCGAUUUGAGUGCCAAAAACGGUGAAGGGUGGACACCUUUGCAUCUAGCGUGUAUGAAAAACAGGCUCGACAUCGUUCGUCUUUUGGUGGCAAGGGGAGCUUGUGUAUACGAUGUUAAUUCCACUGGGAAAUCCUCUCUUUAUGCUGCUUGUAUGGGGGGCAACGGUUUCAUAAUCAAAUUUUUGAUAGAGAAAGGGGUUUGCGUGGAUAGUAGAGACAUUGAAGGCAAGACUCCACUACACUACUGCGUAAGCGUAGGUGACUACGCAGCGGCGAAACGGUUGAUACAGUCUGGUGCCCAAGUGAACGCUGCAGACUACUUUAACAACACACCGCUACAUAGCGUCUGUGAAUCCGCGAAUCCGAUGAUAUUAACUCUGCUUCUUGAAAGUGAAGCAGCGUUGGAUGUUUUUGGGACGUUGGGCAAGACACCCUUACAUCUAGCCUGUGAAAAUGGGUUCUACAGGGGUGUGGAAGCUUUGGUCGCAUCUGGUGCAAAUAAAUACGCGGUGGACGCAAACGGACAAACACCUCUAGAGGUGUCAAGUACUAAGAAAAUAUCUGACUUUUUACGCAAUGAAAUUGUUAGUGAACAUGAAAAUUACUCCGCCGAUAUUUAUUGGAAUGAUACCAAUUAG